AUGUUCCUGACUGGAAAUUUUGGAACUAUUUUUAUUUGUACUUCUGAACUUUAUCCUACUAUGAUGCGGUAUGUAUUCAAUAAAUAAUCACCCUCAUUAUCACUCUCAGUUUUAGACAUCAAGAUUAAUGUACAUAUAUUUUGCACAAUUCAUACUGUGUAGGAACGUAGGUGUUGGAGCAGGGAUAUUCUGGGCAAGAAUUGGUGGCAUUGCAGCACCACAGAUUUUGUUACUGGUACGUAACUAAGCAUGAAUGCAAUGGUGGUGAAUAGUGCAAGGGUAUUGCACCAUUCACUGACACUGAGGUGAAUAAUUGUUUUAACGUUAACAUAUACCAUAAGAAAACAAAACAAAAAUGGCCAAAAAACAACGAAAAUAUUUUUAAAAUGAUUUGUAUCGCAGCUCCGGACCCGUAAGAGUUGUGAGCAAAAUAGCAAUUAGAGCAGUCCAAAGCAAUUAGAGCAGUCCAAUUGUCAUGGUUUGCGGACUAUCUAAAAAAUAGGACUCAAAGAGUAAAAUUCAAAGAUUGCAUUUCGUCCCCCAGAACUAUCAAUUGUGGUGUUCCCCAAGGCAUUAGGCCCCUUAGGCCCCUUAUUCCCCAAGGCAUUAGGCCCCUUAGGCCAUUAGGCCCCUUAUUAUUCCUUAUAUAUGUUAAUGAUAUAUCAAACUGUACUAAUAUUCUAAAUCUUAUCCUCUUUGCGGAUGAUACAAGUUUAUUUUCUUCUGACAAGGAUUUAAAGUCUCUGGUGGAGAGGAAUAACCAGGAGCUUUCUAAACUCUCAACGUGGUUCAAAACGAACAAAUUAUCUUUGAAUGUAAAGAAAACUAAAUGCAUUAUCUUUUGUGCCAGAAACAAGCCCCUAAACCAAUAUAGAAAUAAUCUAAACAUAAUUAUCGACGGUCAGGAAAUUGAGCAAGUUGCAUCAAUAAAUUUUCUCGGAGUUCAAAUAGACGAACAUUUAGACUGGAAGGUUCAUAUUGACAAGGUUUCUAUGAAAAUGGCCAAAUCUAUUGGUUUAAUUAAUAAAAUUAAAUCAUAUGUCUCUGUUUCGACCAGAAGAACCCUUUACUGUUCACUUGUUCUUCCUUAUAUUCAAUACUGUAAUAUUGUAUGGGCCAACUGUUAUCACACUUACCUCGACAGGAUCCUCAAAUUACAAAAGCGAGCUGUUCGAAUUAUUGCUGGAGCUGGCUUCAGGGAUCAUACUAAACCACUAUUUUCUUUGUUUAAAUUAUUAAAUGUAUAUUAAAUGUAUACCAACUUAACCAAUAUCAAAUUGGAUGUUUCAUGUUCAAAUGCCUUAAUCAAUCCUUUUCCUUACCAUCUCAGUUUCUCCAAUAUUUUUCUUAUAAUAAAGAUGUUCAUCACUAUAAUACUCGAAACGCUGCUAAGAUUCAUAUAAAGAAGGUGCGAACUACUACUAGAAAGCUAACUCUUAAGCAUAGUGGCUCAAUUCUCUGGAAUUCCCUCAAUAAAUCUAUUACUCAGUCUCAUUCACCCAGUUCCUUUUAAUUCAAACUCGGAAAUUUCCUCAUGGAGGCAAAUAGCUAAAGGUUAAUUUAAUUAACUGAGUUAUAUAUAUUGUAAUAUUCUGAAUUUGUUUCUUAAUCUCAAUCUUUUGCUCUAUUCAUCUAUCUCGUAACAAUGCCAAAACCGCGACCUCUAACUAUUUAUAACAUCUAUAUGCCACCAUGGUGUUUAGCGUUUUACAAGCUCCUUGGUUUUUUUUUUGCUGAGCACCAUCCAAAUAUAUGUAUAUACUUUUUGUACAUAAUUAUAUAUUUGGUGAAUAAACUAUUAUGUAUGUACACGUUGAUUGGUCAAAUUUGACGUAUUAAGCCGUUAUAUUCACCUACAGGUGAAUUUAUAAAAUAACAUGUAUAUAACGCGUGCUCUGAUUGGUCGAAACCCGUGUUUGGAUUAGGCCAUCCAAACACGGAAGACUAUCGUGUUGUUGUUAUUUUAUAAAACAAUUACUUUAUGGUUUCCGUGUUUGGAUGGCCUGAUCCAAACACUUGGGAAUGUUGCUCGAGUUAAGAAAAGCGCGCAAAAUCACUCGUCUUCGGCUCGUGUUUUCGCGCGCUUUUCUUAACUCUCGCAACAUUCCAAAGGUCAUCAGUUCAUCCAAACACGGAAACCAUAAAGUAAUUGUAUAGUAACAAAACCGAAAUUUUCAAAAUGGCGGCUAGCCGUUUUGUGGAAGUUACUGAUAAAGAAAUAAGCGAAAUUAAAAUAAAUUCAGUCCCAAAAACACAAAAGAGAGGUGGAUAAAGUGCAAGGAUAUCUAAAACUGAGAAACCAAUCGCAUUGCACGAGUAUAUGCUAAAACUCAAGAAAAAUAUUUAUAAAGAUUAAAUAUUUAGACCACUUUAAUUAAAUCAAUUAAUUUAUACAUUUAGUAUGUAUUAUUCUCGUUCCUGAUUGGUCAGAAAGCAUCGGAUCGAUAAUUCUCAAUAUUCGGUAAUUUCAGCUGCUGACUUGUUACGUAAUUUCAGCUGCUGACGGGCUCAGCGUCCAAUAUAAUAAUAAGUUUUUUUGGAUGGAACUUGCAUCCAAAACAAAAAUUAUUGGACGCUGUAGUGCCCAAGCCCCUGCGCGGCCAACAACUCAAAUCCAAAAGCGCGGAAAAAUAAACUAAUAUACUUGAAACAUUUAAAAACUUCGUUUAAUCGUUUUAUACGUUUCUGAUGUCUUUAAAUGUAGUAAAAUAAUUAUUGGAUUCGGCUUUCGCAUGACAUCAAGAAUUAUUCAGACCACGGUCAAUGCUAACAUUGACCUCGGUCUGAAUAAUUCUUGAUGUCACUGGCUCAGCCAGCCUCAUCCAAGAAUUGUUUAUUAUAUUACCCAAUUACUUAUAAUAUAUAUCCAUCAUAUUUUAGUAGCAAUUUCAAAAUCUUUUCCUAGGGAAACUAUACAGCUGACGCGGUACCUUUUAUUAUAUUUGGUGGCUUGGUUCUGCUGUCAGGUUCGCUUGCCCUAUUGCUACCAGAAACUUUAAAUGUGAAACUGCCUGAGACACUGGAGGAAGUAGGGAAAUUUGAAAUGCCACAAGAAGGACAGGGAAAGAUGAGCAUUGUAAUUGGGAAUGAAAAUAUCGAACUUGGCUCGUGA